CUUACCUCUAUUGAACCCUCGCCAGACCCUUGAUCCACAAUGGCGUCCCAAACGAUGAAGGCUGUCAACUACCAUGGACCUUUCCAAGUGAAGGUCCAGGAGAUUGCGAAGCCCACUAUUGAGCAUCCUGACGAUGUUAUUGUCAAGGUUACGACUUCGGCCAUCUGUGGCUCUGACCUCCACAUGUACGAGGGCAGGACCGCGGCUGAGCCUGGCAUCACUUUCGGCCACGAGAACAUGGGAAUUAUUGAGGAGUUGGGCGAGGGCGUCACCCUAUUGAAGAAGGGUGACCGCGUCGUCAUGCCCUUUAACGUUGCCGAUGGCCGCUGCCGAAACUGCGAGGAGGGCAAGACUGCCUUCUGCACUGGCGUUAACCCCGGAUUUGCUGGCGGUGCUUACGGAUAUGUUGCUAUGGGUCCUUACCGUGGAGGCCAGGCCCAGUACAUCCGAAUUCCUUAUGCCGACUUUAACGCUCUUAAGCUGCCGCCUGGCAAGGAGUUUGAGUCUGAUUUUAUCCUUCUCGCAGAUAUUUUCCCUACCGGCUGGCACGGUGUUGAGAUCUCUGGCUUCCAGUCAGGAGAGAGCAUUGCCGUCUUCGGCGCGGGCCCUGUUGGUCUGAUGGCUGCUUACUCUGCUGAAUUGCGUGGUGCCUCGCGCGUCUUCGUCGUCGACCGCGUCCCCGAGAGGUUGGCGGCUGCCAAGAAGAUUGGAUGCAUCCCCAUCGACUUUUCCAAGGGCGAUGCCGUCGACCAAAUUAUCGAGCUCAACGGUGGAAUGGUUGACCGUUCAGUCGAUGCUGUUGGUUACCAGGCUGUUUCUAAAGAUGGCUCCAACGAAGUGCCCAAUAUUGUUCUCGAGAACAUGAUCAAGGUCACAAGGGCAUGCGGUGGACUCGGUAUUCCCGGACUCUAUGUUCCUAGCGACCCUGGUGCUCCCGACGCCACCUCGGCCAAGGGAAUGAUCAGCCUCAGCUUCGGAAAGCUCUUUGAGAAGGGCCUCUCCAUCGGCUGCGGCCAGUGCAAUGUCAAGUCUUAUAAUAGGUACCUGCGAGAUUUGAUUAUUUCGGGGAAGGCCAAGCCCAGCUUUGUUGUGUCCCACGAGAUCAACAUUGAAGAUGCGGAAGUUGCGUACGAGAAGUUUGACAAGAGAAUUGAUGGUUAUACCAAGGUUCUCAUCCACCCCAACGGCGGAUUCUAGGAUGGGAUGUCUAAGUAAAUGGGAUGGUAUUCAAGACUGUGAAAAGGUUUAGGAGGGGUUGGCGGGCUGCGACAAGUACCACCUGUAUAUUUAGGGGCGUUGAGAAAGUCUAAGAUAGUCAAAGGAAACUAAAUUGCACG